GUGAAUCUUGCUUCAAACUCAAAUCACCUUUACCAAAAUCAUAAAGUUACCACCCUUUUAUUACACUCUGAUUCAUCACUUCAACGCACAAUUUUCAAGUUCAAGUUCAAGUUCCAGUUCCUUCAAUUUUGGCUUUAAAAUGAUGCGAUUUGUUCUAAUCAGGGGUUUCUCUUAGAUACUGUUUGAAUGACGAGUGCUUCGAAGCUAUUUCACAAUAGGAGGAUUCAGUUUGGUCGUCGCAGCAGCACCGUUGACGAUAUAGAAUCAGAUUUCUCACCAGCUGAUGGGAAUUCCUACCGCCGCACCACCAGUAACCGUCGUCAUCAUCAGCUUAACAGCCGCAAAGACCGCCAGGAUCCCGGUGGCUGUAACCCUCCCACGCGCCGUAUCCACCGCAAUCGCCUCUCGGAACACGAGGUAAGUCAGCUGGAACCUCCGUCUGGAAGCAUUAUCAUCAAUUCAGACGAUUUCAGAAGCAUACGCAGAUGGGGAAGCACCGCGAAUGAUAGGCUUCCUGGAGUUGUAUUACUUGCAAGGGAAAGACUUGUUGAAAGAUUGAGAGGCGUCCAUGUUUCCGAAAACAGGCAAAACAGCAGCAGGUCUUCUUCAUCAAGCAUCCAUCAGGAGGACAGUAGGCUUAUUGAAACAGACAAUAACCUGGUGGAAGUAAUGGCUCCUCCUGGACUUACUGAAAAUGCUAUAAACCAGUUAUCGAUAACGGUUUUCAGGAAUGUUGAAGAAGAGAAAGAAAGGUCCUCAAGGGAGUGUAGUAUUUGUCUUGAAGGUUUUGAGGAAGGUGAUGAACUCAUAAACCUGGCUUGCAUGCAUGGGUUCCAUUCCUGCUGCUUGUUUCCAUGGAUUGAGGUUUGUGGUGCCUGCCCAAACUGUAGAAAAACUCUACUUGUAACUAUUAAGACUAAUUAACUUGUUUUCUUCAUCAUAAUCCCUACUGCCUGCCUGCCCUUUUUGGGGAUCAGUUUCAUUUGACUAAACUGAAUAUAUAUAUAUAUAUAUAGAGAGAGAGAGAGAGAAAGAGAGAGAGAGAGAGAGAGAGGUGUUUAUGCUUGUAAUAGUUGGUGAAGGUGAUUCAGAGGGGUUUUAUUUAGUUGUGUACAAGGGAAGGUUGACAAAGUGUAUGUCGAUGGUAUUUUUAUGAAUAGGAGGAUACUUUGUAUGACAUUCAGCAUGAGCAUGCUAACAGGGAGUGUACAUUUGGCUUA